AUCUUAACUUCAUUCUUUCGUUGCAUCCACUCCACAGAUCCUUCAAAACCCCAUCAGAUGGAGGAGCUUGCAAUUUGCAAAUAACUCUUUCUUACCUUCGGCCGAAUCACUAUUCACUCACACUGUAUUGCAGCCUACAAUUGAUUUUGAUCUCUGAUCUUGGUUUGAUCAUCCAUGGCUUCUAAAAGAACCUCAGAUCAUUCUUCUUGUUUUGCUUCUUCAUCAUCUGCGACACAACCUCGCUGGAGCUAUGACGUGUUCUUGAGUUUCAGAGGUGAAGAUACCCGCAAAAACUUUACCGAUCAUCUCUACGAGGCCUUGGUUCAAGCUGGAAUUCACACCUUGAGGGAUGAUGAUGAACUUCCAAGAGGACGUGAAAUUUCUUCGGAGCUUCUCAAAUCAAUUGAAGGAUCCAGGAUCUCCAUCGUUGUUUUCUCAAGAAACUAUGCUUCUUCGAGAUGGUGCCUGGAUGAGCUCGUGAAGAUCAUUGAAUGCAAGAAAACAAUUGGGCAAUUAGUUCUCCCAAUAUUCUACGAUGUUGAUCCGUCCCACGUACGCCACCAAACAGGGUAUUUUGGAGAAGCAUUUGGAAGACAUGAAAAGCGUUUUGCGGAUGAGAUGGAGAAGGUGGAGGUGAGGAGAGCUGCCCUCUCUGAAGCUGCUAAUUUAUCAGGCUGGGAUUUGCAAAAUGUUGAUAAUGGGCAUGAAGCAAAGUUCAUCCGAAAAAUUGUUAAAGAGGUUUUAUGUGAACUGAAACAUACAAUCCUAAAUGUUGCUGUGCACCCAGUUGGAAUAGAUUCUCAUGUUAAACACAUAAAGUCGUUGUUGAGCACUAGAUCAGAUGAUGUUUGCAUGAUUGGGAUAUACGGCUUGGGUGGAAUAGGCAAAACAACCAUUGCAAAAGCUGUGUAUAACCAUAUUUUCCUCCAAUUUGAAGGGAGUUGUUUUCUUGCAAAUGUUAGAGAAGUUGCAGGACAACUCAAUGGCCUAGUUCAAUUGCAAGAACAACUUCUUUUUGAAUUAUUAGGGAUAGAGAAUCUAAAGAUUGGCAGUAUUGGCAGAGGAAUUAAUUUGAUGAAAGAAAGGCUCCAUUCUAAAAAGGUUCUCAUUGUUCUUGAUGAUGUGGAUCAAUUAAGUCAAUUAAAUACCUUGGCAGGCCACCGUGAAUGGUUUGGUGGAGGUAGUAGAAUCAUCAUAACAACUAGAGAUGAGCACUUGUUGAACGGACCAAAAGUUGAUGAAAGAUACAUGGCUAAGGAAUUGAAUCAUGAAGAGUCUUUGCAGCUUUUCAGUUGGCAUGCCUUUGGCAAAAUCAAUCCAUCAGAAAAUUGUGCAGAUCUUGCAAAUGAUAUAGUACGUUAUGCUAGUGGGCUGCCACUCGCUCUUGAAGUUUUGGGUUCUUAUUUGUUUGGAAGAAACAUGGUAGAAUGGAAAAGUGCAUUUGAUAAGUUACAACAAAUUCCUCAUGAGAAAAUUCAGGAAAAACUUAGGAUAAGUUUUGACGCACUAGAUGAUGACAACAUAAAGGAUAUCUUCCUUGAUAUUGCAUGCUUUUUCAUUGGAAUGGAUAGAGACUAUGUCAUUACUAUAUUGAAUGGUUGUGGUUUCUUCGCAGAAAUUGGAAUUAGUGUUUUGAUUAGUAGAUGUUUACUGAGAAUUAAUAAAAAAAAUAAGCUGAUGAUGCAUGAUCUACUUCGGGAUAUGGGGAGGGAAAUUAUUCGUGAAAAAUAUCCAAAGGAGCUUGAAAAGCGCAGUAGAUUGUGGUUUCAUGAAGAUGUAUGCUAUGUACUUGAAAAAAACAAGGGAACAGAAGCAGUUGAAGGUGUGAUUCUAUCCCUACCCAUGUUAAAGAAGAUACAAUGGAGUAAUAAAGCAUUUGUUGGGAUGCAUAAGCUAAGACUGCUUCAAAUAAAUCAUGUGCACCUCAGUGGAAAUUUUGAACAUUUAUUUGAAGAGUUAAGGUGGCUCUGCUGGCGUAACUGCCCAAUGGAGUAUUUACCAUCCAAUUUUCAUCCAGAGAAACUUGUUGCUUUAGACAUGCAAUUCAGCAGAUUUAAAACACUUCGGACAGAUGGCAAGUUCAAGAGCUUGAAAAUUCUAAAUCUUAGUAAUUCCAAAUCCCUAACAAAGAGCCCUAUCUUUUGCGCACUAUCGAUGCUCGAGGAAUUACUGCUUGAAAGUUGUACAAGUUUAAUGGAGCUACAUGAAUCAAUCGAACUUCUAGAUAAACUUGUUCACCUGAAUUUGAAAGAUUGCAUGAACCUCAGGUAUCUUCCAGGCAGUAUCUGCAAGUUGAAGUCUGUUAAAUAUCUAAAUCUCACUGGUUGUGCAAAACUAGAGGAGUUUCCAGAGCACUUGGGACAUAUGGAAAGCUUAACAGAACUUCUUGCAAAUGGAACAGCCAUUAAACAACUACCUUUCUCUAUUGGACUACUCAAGAAUCUUAGGAUGUUAUUGUUGAAGGGAUGUAAUAGGCAAUUGACAACUAAAUCCUGGUUUUCUCUCAUUUCAUCCUGGGUUUUACCGAGAAAAAAUGCCGACUCCAUAAGAUUUUUACCAUCCUCUGUUUCAGGUUUGUGUUCCUUAACAAAGCUAGAUCUGAGUGAUCGCAAUCUGUCUGAAGGAGAUUUUCCAGCUGAUCUUAGGAGUUUAUCCUCAUUGCGAGUGUUGGAUUUAGGCGGAAACAAUUUUUGUAGGCUACCAUAUGGCUUCAGUAAUCUAUCCAAGCUAGAAGACCUUCAGUUGAAUAACUGCACGAGUCUUCAAUCUAUCUCAGAUCUUCCUCCUAAUUUAUUGCAAAUAAGGGCUUAUGGUUGUGCAUCACUUGAAAAAAUAUCCGAUCUAUCAAAACUGAAGACUCUAAAAAUGUUAUUGAGUAGUAGCCACCGACUUCGCCCUGGGCAUAGUCUCUCAAAUUAUAGUCAUGAUGGAAUGGAAGAACCUCACUGUUUUGAAGGUGCACGAAUCAUUCCCUUGGACAAACUCAACAAUUUACAAAAUCCCCUUCAGCAUCUUUCUAGUAAGAGCUACUUCUGCGACUAUUUCUUUAUCGCUGGCGGCAUUGAUUAUUUUAGCUAUAUAACAAGGUCUUCUUCGAUAUCCUUAGAAGUGCCAGUAGUGCGAGGGGAAGAUGACUACGUUUUAGGAUUCAAUGUGGGAGUUGUUUAUUACAGAAUUGGGAAUGAAGAAAGUUGCUCCAUGGAAUUAGAUGAUUAUCCAUAUGUCAUUAUUACUGAUAAAAGUAAUGGCAUCGAUUUUACUUAUACCCCAACCUUUUUUGGCAUCCCUAAAAGUUGUGGAGAUUAUGUUUGGGGAAGCCAUAUAAUAGUUGAAGAAUAUUUUGGAUAUAGAAUUAAAGGUGGUGAGCAAUUCGAAAUUUCUUUUGUUAUGUCGUCACGUUUUAAAACGAAGAAGUGUGCGUCGGAUCUGAUUGUUGUCAGUCACAACGGAGGCAGAGGCAGAGGCAGAGACACGGCCAUCACCUUCUAUGGAUUGAGUGGCUACUGGAGACUGGAGCCCUCAUACAUGACGGAGGAUGAUGAUGAAAAUUGUCACCAAAACAUCAACUGUAAUGGGCCAUCUCACAUUUUCUUUUGAAUGAAUAUGAAUAAAUCACAAAUUUAUUUGCUUGAAAUUUCUUAUAAUUUUUAAAUUACAAAUAUUCCAUUGUGGGAUUUAGUUUCUCCAUUGGAGAGAUGUUCAAUCUGAGAUAUUGUUUGGCUUGUAAGUCCACAACCGGUUCACUUUGGUGAUUGAGUUAUUUUGUAAGAGUUAAUUAUUUAAAAGUCUUA